AUGUCUUACGAAGAACCAGCAACUAAUCUUGAUAGAACUGUUACAGCAACACCUGCUGCUUUGUCGGAAGCCUCAUCAGCAAAGGAGUAUGCAUCCUAUCCUUCUGAUUUUCUUGAAUUAUAUCUCCAAAAGUGUUCCGAUUACUCGAUAUCUACACCUGUAACAAGACUUCUUAAGGAAUAUAAUGCAGUAAAAGAGAAAGGAAAGGAAAUGAGACAUUUAAUAUUGAAUGGAAAUUGUGUUUCAAUGUUUGAAAAGAGAUUACACAAUCUGGAUAUUUUCCCAAUUUGUGAUACUUUGGAAAUUUUACAUACAGGAUUUAUUGUCAGUUGUGAUUUAUCUUAUAAUAAUAUUGGAGAUAGUGGAGCAAACUCAAUAGCAAGAAUGUUAAAGAUUAAUAGCUCAAUUCAGCAUUUGUCUCUCAGAUCAAAUUCCAUUUCAGAAAGAGGAGCCUCUGAUAUUGCAGAUUCUCUAAAAGAAAAUAGAAAUUUAUUAUCAUUUGAUUUUAGUUACAAUGCUAUUGAGGAUAAGGGAGGAAUGAAAAUGGCCGACAUGUUGGAAGAAAAUAUUACUUUAAAAUUUUUGAAUUUGAGCAGUUGUGAUCUGAAAACAUCUUCAGUUAUUAAAUUAGCCAUUUCUGUUCGUCAUCAUCCUUCCCUUCAAGAAUUGAGAAUUGGAAAAACACUUUGUAAUUCAAAAAAAGAGGAAAGUCUGCAACACUUGGCAGAAAUUUUUAGAGUUAAUACCGUUAUAAGAUCAUUAGAUUUGAGUUUCCAAUCCAUAUCUGAUUCUGGUAUCAAUACAUUUUUCCAAGGAAUUAAAUUGUGCAGAACACUCACUCAUUUAAGGUUAGGAGCAAAUUGUAUUACAAUGAGUGUUGAUGUUAUUGCUAAAUAUUUGGAAAAUCCAAAUUGUGCUAUUCAACUGUUGGAUUUAUCUGCAAAUAGAAUUGAUAGUGAUGGAGGUAUUCAAAUUGCAAAGUGCUUAAUCAAGAACAAAACACUGACCUAUCUGGAUCUUUCUGGAAAUAAUAUUGGAGAUGAUAGUUUGACUUUUCUUGCCAAGACACUUGCCAGUAAGAAUGAAGUAUUAUCCAAAUUGUUCGUUGCAGGAAACAAAUUUAACCAAAAAUCAAUCAAAUCUUUUGACGAUUUGGCCAAAGAAAGAUAUGAUUUGGAUGUAGAUAUUCACACAUACAAAACUGACGACAUUUUCUAUUGUACAAAGAAGACAAUCCCAGAAACACACCAAUAUGGAGACAUUGAUACUCUACCAGAACAAAUUAGUGAAAUUGAAAGGAUUCUUGUUAGAGCAUACACAGACAGUGGCUUACCUUCAACUAAUCUUGACAGUAUUAACAAUUAGAUAUUAAAACAAUAACAAUU